GUAAUCGAUGAAAGGGCGUGAGAUUUUGAUUCCAUGACGUUCGUCUCAUCCAUCUUGGAUACCAAUCCAACAUGGUUUGUUUGUACUUUGGGUUAUUUCGUGUCUAGCCCCCCAGUCAGUCGCUUCGAGCCAAACGCAGACACUUUGUGGCUGUCAUGGACGCCGAUGCACGGCGCGUGGUCAAGUUUGCACAGCGUCUGAACGCGCUGCCUCUCCUCAAAAAACAGGUGCUCGUCGUCGAAGUGUUCCAGAACCAACGACGUCGCGACCACAAGUGGCACCGCAAGUACUUGGGCGACAUUCCGACGUUCUCGUGCCGCGACGGCAGCAUUAGCUGCGACAGGUUUCCCAAACACUUGCCCCCCCCGCCAGGCUACGUGUGGUCGGAUCGGUGGCGGCCGUGCUUGACAGGUCCAUGCGACGAGAAUGGAUGGGCAUACGCCGCAGCGUUUGACCACCUCGUCCAUGUCCAUGACACGAGCACGUCCGCACGGGAUAGUGACUGCGUGCGGCGGCGGCGUUGGGUGCGGACGUUGGAGUGCAGCCUUUUGGCAUUCCCUUGGAAAGGGGAGCGGCUUGGUACCUUCAGCCGACGAUCGAUCCUCGUCCGUCGUGCUUGUUUUUUUCAAUGGUUCCGAGUAGGGGUGUCGCUCGUGGAGCCCCCGGACUUGGCGCGCCAGAAGUGUGUCCAGGUGCUCUCGAUGACUCCGCUGCCCAUGUAUUUGUUGCCCGUGGGGGCGACGCGCGCUGCGGCCGUCAAGUAUGUGUCCAAGGAGGACCUCCGAGCCCACGCCGUGCUCUCCAAAGGCGACUUGCUGCUUCGCGUGAACGACGUUGACGUCUCCGCUAUGCCCUUUCACGACGUUGUAUCUGCCUUGGAAGCUGCGUUCGAGGCCGGCUCCAUGUGCUUUCUGCGCUUUGCCGCCGCGUCCGGACACAUCCGUAUCCACGCAGUGACCCGAGCCGCGCGCAAGUGCAACCUCGCGCCAGGUUUUCGCCUUGUGGGGCUCAACGGGCGAUCCGUCAAGCACCUCCGACUGUUGGACGUCGAGUGCAUUCUCCGCCAAGCCCCCCGCAACGCAUGUGUCCUCCACUUCCACCAAACUGACAACGACCAGCACCGCCUGCCUCCCCCUUUUGUAGUGGUGCACCGGAACGUCCUGAGCGUGAAAGAACGAGCUUUGUUGAGUCCCCGUCCACGAGGGAGUGCCACGACCGUCUUUGGCUGGGGGGCUUGUAGUGCUACUACUACGACGACAUCGGCGUCCCACAAGUGGCUGUCGUUAGGGUCUCGUGUGAGUGCGCUGUUUGCGCUGUCGAGUUAGGGUUACUACCCAAGUACUACGUACAAUUCCGUAGUAGUACUAGUAGGACACUUCAGCGAUCUACAUGUGAUAAUUAUGUGUGGUCAACAAUCAACAUUGUCCUCUG